UUCUUGUUACAGUUUCUACAUAUUAAAUCUUAGAUAAUUUAGAUACAAUGGCUGCUAUUCGGAAGAAACUUGUCAUUGUUGGUGAUGGUGCUUGUGGUAAAACUUGUCUUUUGAUUGUAUUUAGUAAAGAUCAAUUCCCAGAAGUUUAUGUACCAACUGUAUUUGAGAACUAUGUCGCUGAUAUAGAGGUUGAUGGUAAAACAGUUGAAUUGGCAUUGUGGGAUACUGCUGGACAAGAAGAUUACGAUCGUUUGCGACCACUGUCCUAUCCCGACACUGAUGUUAUAUUAAUGUGUUUUUCAAUAGACAGCCCAGAUUCGCUGGAAAACAUUCCUGAGAAGUGGACACCUGAGGUGAAACACUUCUGUCCUAAUGUUCCAAUCAUUCUGGUUGGAAACAAGAAAGAUUUGCGCUCUGAUUCUUCGACGAUACAUGAACUUCAAAAAAUGAAACAAGAACCAGUGAAAUCUGAUGAAGGACGAUCAAUGGCAGAGAAAAUUGGAGCUUUUGCUUACUUGGAAUGCUCAUCUAAAACCAAGGAUGGGGUGAGAGAGGUUUUUGAGACAGCGACUCGAGCUGCACUUCAAACAAGGAAGCAUAAGAAGAAAAGUGGUUGCGAUGUUCUAUAAGUGCGAUGAUCUUGUUGUUCAAAAACUGACCAAUCACGUUUCAAGUUUAUUAGUCUGCAGAAAAAAUCUGGUGUAUGUUUUGUGUGUAUGUGUGUGUCUCAUGUGUGCUCUACAACUUUAAACUAGAUUAGCUACUAGUGCAUCUGACACACACUGAUAUUGUGCUAGAGAAGAUCUCGUGGCAAGUUUUCAUCGCCUUGUUUAUUGUAGUGACGCUGGUUUUUUCAAGCAUUUUUAGUUGUAUUUAUGCGAAUAAUAGUUGGUAGAAAAUGCAUUUUAUUUGAAUAUGAAUGCCUAACCAAUCUUUCAAGUUUCUAUUUUUUUCUCAUGUGCUUUGCAUUUGAUUAGUUAUGAUGAUACCUUAAUAGGCCUUAGCUCAUUCGGAAAUUGAUUCUUUUUCAAUAAUUGAAUGUUUAUUAUUUGAUUCUUCUAUGGGUCCCACAGGGUAUAUGCAGCAAUGACCAAAAUUUAAAAAAUUUGUUAAAAUCUGAAAUUUUCAACGAUCAGGAUUGUUCAAAACUUUUGAUAAAAUUGAAUAGGGAAAUCAGAGUAUUUUCAAGUCUUCAAUCUUGCGAUUUUCACACGUCGAUUUGAUUAUUAAUUUCUGUUUGUGGGACCAAUUUUAACAAAAAUCGACAAUUUUUAUUUAAAAUUAUGUAUAAUAAAUUUGAUUUGUUUCUUGACAAGCUGCGAAGUAUGCCACACCCUGAUUAAAUGAGUCAGUGGUUGAUCUACAGUCUGCUGAUCCAACAAGCUGAAUUUACCCUUAAUUAUAUAACCGGUACUGUGAUGGCUUGCAAAUUGAUAUUUUCUGUUGGGUCGGUCAUCUCUCGAAUUUAUAUUGCACCAUGCAUAGAGUCGCGAAUGAUUUUAAUUGACGAUUGGACAUUAGUCAGCUCUGAUGAUUUAAUAAGUAGAACUAUAUUCAUUUGUAGUUGACUUCGGUUUCUGGCACUCAUUAUUAUUCAUUUUAAUAAAUAUUACCUUUCGGCCACAUUCAGUCCAUAAAUCUUCUUACAAAAACUAUUCUGUAUAUUGAUUUGAUAGGUCUCGAUCACAUAAGAGUAGCUGUUAAUUUUUACCCAGAUAAUGUGGAAAAAUCUGGUUUAAAUCAAUUGAUGGGCUUUAUGUGAUUGCAUUUGCUGACAUAGUAUUCCGACCGUCUGAAAUGGCCGUAUCAAUUUCGUUUGAGCCAUAGCCAAUUGUUUUAAAUUUUCCUUCAAAAACAGUAGAUAUGCACGGCAUUAGUGAGUUUUAUACAUAUUAUUUCACCACAGAAAUUUAUAUUGUUUUCAUCUACGAUAUGGAUUAAAAAUGAUUGAUAAUCAAAUAGCUUUGUGUAUUAGUAUAUACUAUAUAAUAAUAAAUUUCUUGUGUGCUAGCUAGAAUUGGAACCUUGUUUAUAAUGAUUGAUUGAAUCACCGGACACUUAAUAGCACAACCUGAUUUUUGUGUCCUGGAUUUAUUAAUAACCUCUGUAUCAAUUGUUAUUGUGAAAUUGCCCGAAACUAGGCCUGAAUUUUUUUUAAAUAAACUAAUGUUGUGUAUUAA